AUGUUUAAACGGGCUAAUGUUAUGGCUUUUAUGCUAAACAAUCUGCCACUCGUUGGCCUAGUGUUAUCAUAUCCGCUUUUUAUCGCUGCAUCCAUAGUUUAUGGGGCGGUCAAAUGGCUAAAGGCAGACAAAAGUGAAGUUUCACUCAAAACUGAAGUGGCAGUGAUAACUGGUUCUGCUCGAGGUCUAGGUCGUGAAAUUGCCAUUGAAUUGGCUAAACGUGGUUGCCGCUUAGCCAUUGUAGAUGUUCAACAAACUUUAGCUGAAGAGACUGCAGAACACAUAUCAACAGCUUACGAUGUGAAGACAAAAGCAUAUAAGGUCGAUGUCUCGGAUUACCGGCAAGUUCAGGAACUGCAGAAGAAAGUCACCAAUGGUUUAGGGGAUGCAACAAUUUUGAUUAACAAUGCAGGCAUACUUAUGAUGUCACGCGUUCAAAAUCCACCUCUAGAAGAAAUCUCUCGCAUGAUUAAUGUAAACGUCAGUGCCAUAUGUUAUACUACCCAAGUAUUUUUGCCCAAAAUGAAGGAACUCAAUCAUGGCCAUAUUGUGAAUAUUUCUUCAGCAUCUGCUCUUCUAUCGUUUCCAACUUUUGGCAUAUAUGCCGCCACAAAAGUGGCGGUGCGUCGUUUGACAUCUAUGCUGCGCAUGGAAAUGAUGGUUUUGGGUCACAACAUAACGGGCACAACGGUAAUGCCUUCUUUUUUGGAUACCAAUAAGCACGUGGAGAAAUUAGUGAAGUUAAAUGGCCUCAAUGAAGGUAUCAAAGGGGAUCGUGUGGCAAAACAAAUUGUCGAGGGCAUGCUGAAUGGUGAAGAUGAGCUUGUGAUACCAUCAUCAAUUUCAUAUAUAAACUUGGUUUGCAGAAUACCCAUUGAAGCUUACACAGGGAUAUUCGUAAAAAAGCAAACAUUGAAAAAAUAG